GUUUGGAGAAAAAACAUGAACUAAAUUUUAACUCGAGCUGCGUAAUACCCUUUAGCAACCAUGCCUAACAGUCAACAGGGGGUGUAAGCAUUUAUUCAAAUUUCAAAUUUGACCCAACAGUUUGUCAGUAAAAAUCCCAGUAUUUCUCCUCCCGUAUAUGACGCCAUCUUUUAUUUAAACCACGCAGCUGCCAUAUGCACUGAAAAAAGCAAAGCACUACACACUCUGUCGGCAAUAUUCCGUAUUAUGGCUGGAUUUUUUAGAAACGUGAUUUUACUAUUUUUCUAAUUUCUUAAGCAAAACCUACUUAAUUUAAAUAAACUCCUUUAACCCGAGAAAAAUCACAAAAUUGUACAUAUUGCACAUCAAUACCAAAUAAUCAAAAUUGAAUCAUGUCUCGAAUUGCAAAUAAUAUUCAAAUAAAAAUCGAGACUAAUGAGCUUCAAACAUACCUCGAUACUUUUAACAAAGAAAUAGAAGAAGGGAGUCGAAGUUUGAGUAGUAGUUUUGUAGAUGCUGCAGAUUUAUUAAAUGCUCAUUCCAAAAACGACGAUGACGAAACCGGAACAUACUUUGUUGAUGAAGCCGGAAACUAUUAUUAUCAGGCGACCAAAGAUGCAGAACCAAUACCAACGGAUCCACCGGAAAAUGCUCAUAUCGUUGCAGAGGACAGUGAUAUAGAGGAAAUAACAUUAGCGAAAAUACCAAAAACCGCACAAACAAAACAUCGCAAAAAUGCAUCAUCAUCCUUUAGUAGGAAUGCGUCGAAAAGGGCAAAGAUCAGCGAUGAUAACAAUGAUGGGGAUGUUGAUUAUAUUCAAUUAUCUUAUGCACUUGGAGAUGAGAACGAUGUAGAAGUUGAUGAUAUGAAUGAGAAUGAAGAUGUUACCAAUAACGGAGAAGAGGUUGAACAAGACGAUGAAGAGAAUGAGAACGAAGGUGAGGAUGAAGAUGAAGACGACGAAGAUGGUGAUGGAGAUAGUGAUGAGAAAGAAGAAGUUUUCGAAUUUGAUGAAAAUGAAGAAAGCAGCGAGAAACGCUCAAACUUCCCAACAAAAGUUGUAUGUCUAAAGCCGAAAAACUCCAAGUCCACAUCACACCAGUGUCCCCAUUCCAACUGUGAAUAUGUGUCCUCAAAACGAUAUUUAUUAGCUCGUCAUAUGAAAUGCCAUUCGGACUAUCGACCCUUUAAGUGUUCUGUUUGUGAGCGUGGAUUCAAGACAAACGCUUCUCUUCAAAACCACGCCAACACGCACACCGGCAACAAACCAUACCAAUGUAAAUUUUGUGCCAGCACUUUUACCACCUCUGGAGAACUAGUGCGGCAUGUUCGCUACAAGCAUACCCACGAAAAACCGCACAAAUGCUUCGAAUGUAACUAUGCUAGUGUGGAACUUAGCAAACUUAAGCGCCAUAUUCGAUGUCACACGGGUGAACGUCCUUUCCAAUGCCCACACUGUACCUAUGCGUCUCCGGACACUUUCAAACUGAAACGCCACAUGCGGACGCAUACUGGAGAGAAGCCAUAUGAAUGUGAUAUUUGCCAUUCCAAAUUCACUCAGUCCAAUUCCCUCAAACAGCACAAGCUAAUUCAUAGCGUUGGCGAUAAACCUGUUUUUCAGUGCCACCUCUGCCCAACGACUUGCGGCCGAAAGACUGACUUAAGAAUACACAUCCAAAAGUUGCACACCUCUGAUCGUCCGCUGACUUGUAAGCGAUGUAAUAAGUCCUGUCCAGAUCGGUAUUCAUACAAGGUGCAUUGUAAGACCCACGACGGGGAAAAGUGCUUCAAAUGCGAUCUAUGUCCCUACGCUUCUAUAUCUCAGCGGCAUUUGGACUCUCAUCUGCUGAUUCACACCGAUCAAAAGCCGUUUGAGUGUAAGCUUUGUGGUCAGUGUUUUAGACAAAAACAGCUCCUUAGACGUCACCAAAAUCUCUACCACAAUAAGGACUACGUUCCGCCACCACCUCAGGAAAAAACCCACUCAUGUCCUGACUGUAAGCGUGCAUUUAGUAGAAAAGGAAACCUCAUGAGACACAUGGCUACUCAUGAUCCCGACUCAGUGGUACAUGAAGUUAAAGUAGAGAAGCAGGUUAAUGCAGGGAAACAGAUGGAAAACGAUGAUGGGACAUUUGAAGCUCUGAGCUAUGUUGAGGAGGAAGAGGAGGACUAUGAAGUCGAAGAGGAAGAAGAACAAAUGGAAGGAGAUGAAGAGGCAAUGGAGACUUAUAUAGAAACUGCAGCAUCAGAUAUAACAAAUUUCGAGGAGGUGAUGAUUAAGAAGGAGGAUGAAAGGGAACUUGUUACGCUGGAAGGCAUCGACGAUCAGCAGUACAUGGUGGUGGAAAUAAUUCAAAGCGAUGAUGAAAACGAUGAUCUAGGCUUCGAAGAAGACAAAGCAAUAAAACAUGAGUUGGAUGAAGAGUUUGUUAUUUCAGAACUUACUGAAGGAGGAAUCAAUAUUAUCAAGGGAACAAAAAAUCAAGCCGUUGAAAUGGAUGACUGUUUUGGAUUCAGUGAAUCUGAAGAAUUGUUAGACGAAUCCAUACGAAGUGAUUCAGAUGUGCAAGACGAUUGCAAAAACGAUAUUAAGUUGUUGGAAAUCUUACAAUAAUCAUACAUUAUUGUGUAAAUAUGUAUUUAAUUUUCUCAGGUUCAUAGUGUUUUGAAUUUAAUCUUAGCUUUAUUUUAAAUUAUUUCAUACAAAAUAAUAAACACGUAAGGAAUUCGCUGUAAGAAAAAAAAAAACAACUAGGCGAAAUUAUAUUGAAAUAAACCAUAUAUAAUGAUUAUAUGUUAA